GAAAAAAGGAAACGAAAAUGGUGAACUACAUGUUGAUGAUAACUGCUGAGCUCGAUAAUCUCACCAAUCUUCAGCCACAGGGUGGCUGCGAUGAUCCCAACUUCACUUACUACUUCAAGAUGAAAUGCAAUAACUGUGGAGAGCUUAGUAAGAAGGAAACUUGUGUGAGUUUGGAUGAAACUGUUCCUUCCCCCCAUGGCAGGGGUACCCUUAAUCUCAUUCAGAAGUGCAAGCUUUGUGGGAGGGAAGGAACUGUGCAGAUGAUCCCUAGCCGUGGUCUCCCACUGACCUUCGAAACUAGUCAAUCUGGAAAAUACACUCCGUUGAUGGUAUUUGAUUGCAGGGGCCUUGAGCCUGUGGGUUUUGUUUUUGGAGAUGGAUGGAAAGCGGAAUCUACAAAUGGGACUAAAUUCAACGAGAUUGACUUGUCACAAGGGGAGUAUGCAGACUAUGAUGAGGAUGGACAGUGCCCAGUUAUGGUAUCCAACCUGCAGGCUAAUUUUGUUGUGGUGAAGUAGAAUGCAGUACUCUCAUAUAAACAUAAGGGACACAGAAAGGAUGGGGGUGAAUUACAUCUAGACUUUCUAGGAAGGAUAUAUGUGUUGUGAAUGUGAAGGCUAAUCUUUUCUUACCAUGCAGAAACAUUCUGACUGUAUUUUAACAAAUUUGAACUAAAGUAAAUAGACAUACUAUGUCUAGGAGUUGUUUGCUACGUGUUUGACAAGAGAUACUCUUUCUUGACUGGCAAGUGACAGCCUUACAGCAGAUAAUGCAAUACAAAGCAUAGUUUAACUUUGUGUGAA